AUGGCCACCAACGGCGACACCUCCCACCUGGCUCUGCCUCAGGCCCACCAGGACCUCAUGCAAAACUCCCUCGUCGACACCGAUCCCGAGAUCGCUGAGCUCAUGAAGAAGGAAAUCAAGCGCCAACGCGAGUCCAUCCUUCUCAUCGCCUCCGAGAACGUCACCUCUCGCGCCGUGUUCGACGCUCUCGGCUCGCCCAUGAGCAACAAAUACUCCGAGGGUUACCCCGGUGCCCGCUACUACGGCGGCAACGAGCACAUUGACGAGAUUGAACUCACAUGCCAAGCUCGCGCGCUCAAAACUUUCCGUCUCGACCCUGCGAAAUGGGGAGUCAACGUUCAAAGCUUGUCCGGCUCGCCAGCCAACUUGCAGGUUUACCAAGCCAUCAUGCGUCCUCACGACCGCUUGAUGGGCCUUGACCUCCCUCACGGCGGCCAUUUGUCCCACGGAUACCAGACCCCGACCAAGAAGAUCUCCGCCGUGUCGACCUACUUCGAGACCUUCCCCUACCGCGUCAACCUCGAAACCGGCCUGAUCGACUACGACCAACUCGAGCAGAACGCUCUCAUGUACCGUCCAAAAGUCCUCGUCGCCGGCACAUCCGCCUACUGCCGCGAGAUCGACUACAAGAGAAUGAAGGAAAUCGCGGACAAAGUCGGCUGCUACCUGAUGAUGGACAUGGCGCACAUCUCCGGUCUCGUAGCCGCAGGCGUCAACAAGUCCCCCUUCGAGUACGCCGACAUCGUCACCACCACAACCCACAAGUCCCUCCGCGGGCCCCGCGGCGCCAUGAUCUUCUUCCGCAAGGGAGUCCGCUCCACCGCCAUGAAGGCCGGCAAGGAGGUGCAAGUCCUCUACGACCUCGAAGGACCCAUCAACUUCUCCGUCUUUCCCGGUCACCAAGGUGGUCCCCACAACCACACCAUCACCGCCCUCGCCGUGGCCCUCAAGCAAGCCCAAACCCCCGAGUUCCUCCAAUACCAACAGCAAGUCAUCAAGAACGCCAAACAGCUCGAACACUCCUUCAAGUCCCUCGGCUACCGUCUCGUCACCGACGGCACGGACAACCACAUGGUGCUCCUCGACCUGAAACCCCUCGGUCUCGACGGCGCGAGGGUCGAGUCCGUGCUCGACCAGGUCAACAUCGCUUGCAACAAGAACACCACCCCUGGUGACAAGUCCGCGUUGACGCCUUGUGGUAUCCGCAUCGGUGCGCCGGCCAUGACAUCCCGCGGUAUGGGCGAGAAGGACUUUGAGAGAAUCGCGGGCUAUAUCGAUCAGUGCGUCAAGUUGGCGACGAAGAUCCAGAGUGAGUUGCCCGCCGAGGCGAACAAGCAGAAGGACUUCAAGGCCAAGGUUGCGGGUGGUGCGGCGAGCGUGCCGGAGUUGGGAGAGAUUAAGAAGGAUAUUGCGGCGUGGGCGAGCACUUUCCCUCUGCCUGGGUUGAGGAUGGGUGCUUUUAGGCGUUCACUUCGGAGGGCAAGGACACGGGAAAGCUAAAAUUGGCAGGGUCUUCAACAGCGAUUGAAAUUUUGAUUGACAGGUUUGGCGUGGGCGCGGAAAAAAAACCAUGGUGGCUUUAUGGCGGGGU